UAAAAAUGCAAAGAGUAAACAUUUUGUCGGGGCAUCUAACGUCAAACAGACGUAUGGGACUGAGGCAGUGCAGCGCAACAGCCGCGAACCCCAAUGAUAUCGUUGUGGUUCACGGGCUCAGAACGGCCAUCGGCCGGGCGAAGAGAGGCUCUUUUAAGGACACUACCCCUGAUGAGCUGCUUAGUGCUGUGAUGAGUGCAGUCAUUAAAGAUGUGGGACUCAAGCCCUCUUUACUAGGAGAUGUGUGUGUUGGUAAUGUUCUACAACCUGGGGCAGGUGCACUGAUGGCUCGAGUUGCACAUUUUUUUAGUGGCUUUCCAGAGUCCGUACCAGUCUAUACUGUAAACAGGCAGUGCUCCUCUGGACUACAGGCACUUUUUAAUAUUGCAGGUGGAAUCAGAGGAGGUUCCUAUGACCUGGGACUUGCUUGUGGUGUUGAAAGCAUGUCUCUACGUUCCCCGAAUAACCCAGGAGACAUCAGCCCCAGACUAAUGGACAAUGAGAAGGCUAGAGACUGCAUCAUUCCCAUGGGAAUAACCUCAGAGAAUGUUGCUGAGAGAUUUGGGAUCACUAGGGAAAAACAGGAUCGCUUUGCUCUCAGUUCCCAGCAAAAGGCAGCCAUGGCACAGAAGAACGGCAUAUUUGAUCAAGAGAUCACACCAGUCACUACUAAAUUUGUGGAGGAAAAUGGCACUGAGCGCACCAUUACUGUCACAAAGGAUGAUGGGAUACGACCUGGGACUACAUUAGAAGGCCUUGCCAAACUGCGACCGGCAUUCAAGGACACCGGCAGCACCACAGCUGGUAAUGCCAGUCAGGUGAGUGAUGGCGCUGCAGCAGUGCUGAUUGGCCGGAGAUCUGCGGUUGAGAAACUGGGACUUCCUGUAUUUGGGGUGCUGAGGGCAAGCGCUGUGGUGGGUGUUCCUCCGGAUGUAAUGGGCAUCGGCCCAGCCUAUGCAAUCCCAGAAGCCCUCAAACUGGCUGGACUGACUGUGGAUGAUAUUGAUGUGUUUGAGAUCAACGAAGCAUUUGCCAGUCAGGCUGUGUAUUGUGUGGAAAAACUGGGUAUUCCAAUGGAGAAAGUGAAUCCAAAUGGAGGAGCCAUAGCUUUUGGUCAUCCAUUGGGCUGUACUGGUGCUCGACAGGUCGUGACUUUGCUCAAUGAGCUCAAACGCAGACGGAAGAGAGGAUUUGGCGUGGUGUCUAUGUGCAUCGGAACUGGAAUGGGAGCGGCAGCAGUUUUCGAGUAUCCAGGACAGUGAUCUUAAGAUGCAAGUUACAGAGCAACUAUUCUAAAAUUCUCUUUAAUUAAGCUGCUAGAACGCUAACUACAGAACACAAGUAGAGGGAGCACACUUGUUUAUGUGCAUAAAGUAGGUAUAAGGUUGUAAGGAUGGUAAUGAUACCUCUCAUUCAAGUGCCUUGCAUUUCAACUCUGAUGCCUGUAUCUAGUUAAGCAAUCAGAAUUACAACUUUUGUCUGUUUGAUUUGCAACAGAAAUGUUUUUUUUUUAUGUUGAUAUAACAGUAAAACUCAGAAAUGAUGAUUAGAAAAAAUGUUUUUUAAUUACCCGUGUUGAGGACAAGUGUAAUAUGCUAAGAUUUGUAAUGCCUCUGAUUUGUUAGAAUAAAAAGGUUUGUAAUGUU